GUGGUGGUGCUGGUGUGGGACAGGAUGCUGUCCUGGAGCCCUUUAGCCAACUUCUUCUGGGAUUUACACUGCAAAAUAUACUUUCUGCUUGUAGGUAUUUGUUCUGCCUUAAAGUUGACAGUACCGUCUCAUACCAUCCACGGCAUUGAGGGGCAACCACUCCAUCUGACUGUUGACUACAAUUUCAACACUACAGCUUCUGAAAUCCAGAUAAUUUGGCUUUUUGAGAGGCCCCAAAGUAAUCCAAAAUACUUGCUUGGCUCUGUAAAUCAAACAGUAGUUCCAGACUUGGAAUAUCAGCACAAGUUUACCCUCGUACCACCGAAUGCAUCUCUGGUGAUCAAUCCAUUGCGUAUCAGCGACGAGGGCAAUUAUAUUGUAAAAGUCAAUGUCCGUGGGAAUGGGACAGUAGCUGCCAGCCAAAAGAUUCGAGUAGCUGUUGAUGUUCCUGUCACAAAGCCAGUUGUAUAUACUGAACCGGCUUCAGGGGUAGUGGAGUAUGUGGGGAAUAUUACCUUAAAAUGUACUGUGGAAAGAGGUACAAGGGUAGUUUACCAGUGGAUGAAAAACGGGAAGCCUCUCCACGCCAGCCCUACUUACACCUUCUCAACAAACAACGCAACGCUUCUGAUUGUCCCUGUUGUAAAAGAAGACGUUGGGAACUACAGCUGUCUGGUGUCUAACCCUGUCAGUGCAAUGGAAAGUGAGAUAAUUGCACCCACCAUAUAUUAUGGACCUUAUGGAGUUAGAGUUAAAUCAGAUAAAGGCCUGAAUAUAGGGGCGGUGUUCACAGUGGACAUGGGGGAAGUGAUCCUGUUGGACUGCUCGGCAGACUCCAACCCACCAAACACCUACUCCUGGGUUCAGAAGGCUGACAACGCCACACAGGUAAUCCAGCACGGACCCCACCUGGAGGUUGUGUCUGACCAAGUGCCCCAGAAGACAAUCGAUUACGUGUGCCGUGCUUUCAACAACGCCACUGGAAAGCGAGAUGAAACUCACUUCACUGUCGUCGUUACCUCUGUGGGACUGGAAAAACUGGCCCAGAAAGGAAAAUCUUUGUCGUCUCUUGCAGUAAUAACAGGAAUUUCAUUAUUUUUGAUCCUAGCUAUGGCCUUUUUAUUCAUAUGGAAAAGAUAUCAGCCACAUAAAGUGAUACAACAGAAGCUGCAGAGCAGGCCAGAGACUGACUACAGAAAGGCACAGACGUUUUCAGGACAUGAAAGUGCUUUGGAUGAUUUUGGGAUAUAUGAAUUUGUCGUUAUUCCUGAUCUUGCCAAUGGUUCUCGGGUUUCAGGUCAGUCUGCUCCUGGCUCUGACUCUGCCCCAGGCCAGGAUAUGCUUAGCACGGUUUAUGAAGUCAUUCAGCAUAUUCCUGACCCACCGCAGCAAGACCAUCAACAAUGUACAUGACGGCACGGGAACAGGAAACCAAAGCAUCUGAAAAGGCAGAAGUGACUUCUUUUUCUUUAUCGUAUAUUGAAAGGAAAUGCCCACAACUCCAAGAAUGGCAAGGGCUUACGCCAGGUUUUCUUGAAACAAUUUCUCUUCAGACUGACAAUCCCUUUCCUUCAGAUGCUCCAAAUUGCCCGUUUUUAAUUUCUUUUUUGCUUUUGAUUAAUAGGGGGUUUUGCUUCUUUUUAUUGAAAAAUAUGGGGUUUUUUCAUUCCUUACUUUUCCUUAUUUGUGAAUACAAAACACAAAGGGACAGCUUAAAAAUUGCAAUAUAAACCCUAUAUAUUUUAUGACAAUAAUGAGGGGGAGGCACAGGGAGGAAUCAGGCCUCCCACACUUGUUUUAUUAAAAAAAUGGAAAAAAAAUAAUGUGUGGGGGAGUUUUUCAUUGGGGUUGACUUUUACAAGAGAAGGUCUCCAUAUUGGCAUGGAAAGUAAUAACUGCAGUAUGUCAGAUUGCAGAAUAUCUUUGGGGUUUAAAAUAAAGUUAUUAUUUUAACUCUUUUAAUGUAACGGUAUCUUUUAAUUUACAAGCAUAGAAACGGCUCUGUCAGGCAG